GCAGUGAUUUUCGUAGCUGUCAAUUCUUAAUAUAAUGAACAAUUAUAUAAUCGCAUAUAGUAAUUUAAUUUUAUACAAGCACGUCAGUUAUAUUCUCCCUUUUAUUGGCUUUUGUAACUCUAACCUGGACAGUUUUCUUGAACUUUGUCAUCUUGUGGUGUGGGGUCACAAAAAUGUAAUAAAAUGUAGCUAAAUAUAUAACCUAACCAUGGCAUAGUCGACGGGAAAGUCGUGUAUUUGUACAAGUAACAGCAAAACAUCAACUCAUUGCUUCAUCAUUAAUGAACUAACUAUUAAUACCAUCCACAAUAAUUUGUUCAUUAAGAAUCUUGCAUGCUAAAUCAAGUCUAUUAUAAAUAAAAUCGUUGCAAAUUUUAAAAUGAGAGUGAAAUCGUCUAUUUCUAACUUUUUUCUACUAGUAGUCUUUAUAACCACGUGUAAUGCUGACCUUCUGGAUUUGAUCGGAAUUGGAGGAACCGAUCAACCCCCUUACUGCACUGUAACGCCAUCGACUACACCUUCUCAAGCAACUUGUGCUUCUGGAACGUUGGAUGACUUGAAGAAUGCCCGAGGUACUCAUUCCAACGAUGUACGACCUGACGGGCUAGUUCCAUCUUGGAUAAACAUACCUCUUGCCAAGAAAGGUCAACAGUUUGCGAAAGACUAUUUGUUGUCCAUUUUGCUUUCCCAUGUGUACGGUCUCCUUUCAAGUGGAUAUCCAGAUGCUGCUUAUCUUCUCAUGUUUAGCGGCGGAUCGGCCACACCUGAAGACGCGCAGAAACGGUACAUGGCAACAAUUACCCAAGUAUUCGUGUGGUACCAGGACACCCUAUUUGGCCCACCAACUGCCAAUGUUAGCGACAUUCUUGUGAGCUUGGCAAAGGUCCGCUCGCUUCAUAUUGCGGUCGCAGCCGCUGCAGCAAAUAGAAUGGCAACCAACGGGAACUUAGUUGAUCCAAAUAUUUACGAAAAUUACAAUCUGACGACGGUACUGUCCGGACCAUAUUAUCAAGAUUUAAAUGCAUCAGACAUUCCACAAACUAUGCGAGAUCCUCCACCUUCCAAUCUAAACGUGUCGGGUGUGGUUCCCUUCAAUCAGCAAGUAGCAGCUCUUACGCAAUUUGCAUUUGCGGGAUAUCCGGUCUUGUUCUCGGAACAAUUGGGAAUCAACGCAACGGAUGACGAAAUAUGGGCGUUUAAUCACCUGUGGGCGGUCCUUGGAUAUGCACUCGGCAUCGAUGAUAAGUACAACUGUGCACUUCAGCCAAACUUACAACAGCAGAGGCAAUAUUAUCGGGAAAUUUUUGAAACGUUCAAUGUUCCAAUUCAGUUUAAUAUGGAUUUUAAUACGAAAGCUUUAGGCGAUAUUACUGCAGCUGCAUUCCAAGCCCUCGUUUCUCCGUUACCUUUAACACCUAAUUUUAUAUUGUACCGUUUUCUGGUGGAUAUUGUUCAAAUUCCAGCCCCAAUCGUGUGGGGAACAUUAACAAACGAGGAGAAGAACGUCAGCAAUGCAUUUGAAUUUUCUAUGCGGCCCAUGUUCAUGACCAACCCAGUUUACAGGUUGACCGAAAAUUCCCUUCUAUGGACCGGCAUGGUGACCGCGGGAUCAAAUCUUUUUGGUGUGCAAAACUACACGACUCGGUACUACAGAGCAAGAACGGUAUUCUUUGCCAAGUAUGAUUAGCGAAAGAGCUUACAUAUUUGAUUAUGUGUAUUUACCCACAAAAAAUGCAAUAUAUCUAUGUAAAUAUUUCCAAUGAUUAGGCUUAUUAUUAAAUAAGAAAAUAACAACUUAUAAACUACUAAUUAUGCAAAUACUUAUUAUGCAAAAUUCAAAUAAAAGGUUGAAUACCCCAUGAGCUUUA